AUUUGGGUAGGCAAAACCCAGGCGGAAAUCCCAAAAUAGCAGCAGAGUUUACACUCAGAGUUCUGCUAUUAAUUUCUUGCUAUUUCAUGUUUACAACUUAAAAAUGUAAACUUCAAAUUGUUUUCAAUUGUUGCACCCUGUCAUUUUGACUAUUUCUUGCUAAUGCUGGUUCAUGGCUCAGUAUUUCGGAAUGUUAAAUGUUAAAUCACAUUUGUGGAAAAAUUAAUUUGAAUUGUGAGUUGAAAAGGUUGCUUUAAACAUUUCUUUAUUAAAAUUCCCAAAUGGUGUCAAGUGUUUAAGAGUUAUUCACCUAAACCCAUAAAAGGCAGUAUAAUAUAUGGCAGCAGCUUACUCUGGUUUGAUAAAGAUUGAUAAAGGUCUCUGUGUGUCGUAGUUCAGAGCUGCUUAUUUUCUGUCUAAGAAAAGUAGAUAAUAGCAAAAUAUUUCUAUUUCUAAAGCAAAUCGUGCUAUUUUAAUCAUGACAAUAAUAUUGGUGCAACAUUUGUUAAAAUAAAUUUCUGCUUCUAUAGAUUUAUUAAAAAAAUGUUGUCCUCUGGUGUUUAACAGGCUGAAAAAGUGAAUGAUUAACCACAGGGUGUCGUCCAUGCUUAUGUAACUUUUCCAACUGUCUAUUCACAUUGUCAGACAAGGUCCGUCCCUAACUAACAGCUAUAAAUGUAUUGAGUUCAUCAGAAGCUCAGAGAGAAAAUGGCUGUUGUCGAGUCACUUCUGCAGUUUGCCAGCACAGGCACAUUGCUGGGUGCUUUGCUGUUGUUUCUGGUUUUGUAUUUAGUGUCAUCUGGAUCUGAAUCUCAGAAAGAAGGAAAAGAGCCACCGGGACCCAAACCACUACCGCUGGUGGGAAACCUGCUGACCCUUGACCUCACAAGACCUUUCGACACAUUUUUUAAGCUCUCCAAAACCUAUGGAAAUGUAUUCCAAGUGUAUUUGGGACCUGAAAAAGCAGUGGUCCUAGUUGGAUACAAAACGGUCAAAGAGGCGCUUGUGAACUACGCAGAAGAGUUUGGUGAUCGAGAAAUUGGACCAGGUUUUAGUAUAAUGAAUGAUGAACAUGGAAUCCUCUUUUCCAAUGGAGAGAACUGGAAAGAGAUGCGACGCUUCGCUCUCAGCAACCUGCGGGACUUUGGGAUGGGCAAAAGAGGAAGUGAAGAGAAAAUCAUUGAAGAAAUUCAUCAUCUCAAAGGAGAAUUUGAUAAGUUUGAAGGGAAGCCCUUUGACACAACUCAGCCUGUGAACUACGCUGUGUCAAACAUCAUCUCGUCUAUUGUGUACGGAAGCAGAUUUGAAUACACAGACCCUCAAUUCACAGAAAUGGUUGACCGAGCAAAUGAAAAUGUUCGGGUUGGCGGAUCAAUUUCCAUGUGGCUUUACGAUAUAUUUCCCUGGUUGGGUCCAUUUCUGAAAAACAAAAGGAUUAUUGUUGAAAAUAUUAUCCAAAGUAGAGUCCAGAUGACAAAGUUGAUCACUGCUCUUCUGGAGACUCUGAAUCCAAAUGACCCCAGAGGCUUUGUUGACUCCUUUCUCAUCCGCAAACUGAGCGAUGAGAAAUCUGGCAAGAAGGAUUCAUACUUUCAUGAGGAAAAUCUAAUGAUGACAGUGACAAAUUUAUUUAUAGCUGGUACUGACACCACAGGAACAACUCUGCGCUGGGGUCUGAUGCUCAUGGCUAAAUACCCCCACAUUCAAGAUCGAGUUCAAGAGGAGAUUGACAGAGUGAUUGGUGGACGUCAACCAGUGGUGGAAGACAGGAAGAAAUUACCAUAUACAGAUGCUGUCAUUCAUGAAAUUCAGAGACUGGCCAACAUUGUGCCGUUGAGUCUUCCACAUAGAACUACCAGUGACAUUACCUUCAAUGGAUACUUCAUCAAGAAGGGAACUACAGUUGUUCCUCUGCUGACGUCUGUUCUGAAGGAUGAAAGUGAAUGGGAGAAACCAAACAGCUUUUACCCAGAACACUUCCUUGAUGAGAAGGGCCAGUUCGUCAGAAGAGAUGCUUUCAUGCCCUUUUCUGCAGGGCGCAGGGUUUGUCUGGGAGAGAGUUUGGCCAGGAUGGAGCUCUUCCUGUUCUUCACGUCUCUCCUUCAGAGCUAUCGCUUCACAACUCCACCUGGAGUGUCUGAAGAUGAGCUGGAUCUCAAAGGAAUUGUUGGAAUCACGUUGAACCCAUCUCCACACAAGCUGUGUGCAAUCAGACGCUCCUGAUCCAAGAAAAUAUAAGUGGCCAUUAGAACAACAUACAAAAACAAAACAACAGCUCUUUUCAGUAUGAUUUGGGAGCUGUUUGCACUUGUUUUACUUUUUGAAAAAAAUGUACUGUAAUCAGCAAAAGGUGGAACCAAUUACUGAACCUUUUGUUUUAAAAGACUCUAAGUAUAAUCCUUCAAUAUGCACUAAACAUUUUGAGAAACAUUUACAUAUCGAUAAAUAAAGUUGCAGAUUGUUU